AUGGCGCUCGAGACCCUCCAAAUCGAGCACGUCCCCUCGGACCACCACGUCUACGCCGCCCUCUUCCGCCAUGUUCAAAACGUCGACUUCCUCCAAGCCCAGCUCAUCGGCAAGAACCCCGAGUUCGAGUACGCCUUCAUCGACGCAUCAGUCCUCAUCUCCCGCACACACCUGUUCGCUGCCAUCUUCCGGGCGCUCAACACCCUGACCGAGGGAACCCUCCAGACGCCCAACGUCCACUCUGACAUUGUCAUUGGGCUAAGUCCUACUAACAAUAUCUCCGAAUCCUACCGCCGCUACGGUCUAACCCCCUCUAAAACGCGCGACGUCCUCGUCAUCAAAAUCGUCUACCCCAAACUCUCGUGCGAAAACUCGACAAUUUCCAGCUCGGAACAACAACAAACACCAGAAAGCAUAUGGCAACACCUGACCGCGCACAUCCAGGGCACACCCACCCCCUUAACAGACGAAGAGCUAGCCAAGUCGACGGAUUGGGCUAAAGUGCGCAAGUACUACAAGCUGAAUGGUGUUCCCGGGGUGGAGAGGAUAGAUAAGGUUGAUGAGGCAGGGAGGAGGAGGGAGAUGGAGGGGUUGGUUGUUAGUGGGAUUGCUUUGAGGGGGUUGUAG